AUGGAUGCUCAAGUAUCUGCUGUCAACCGUUUCCUUGGAACCACAACUGGUCGUGAAAAGCUAUGUCGUCUUGUUCAAUACUUUGCAAGAUUCUACGCAUUCUACUUGUGGCGCCAAGGAGCUCCCAAGGAAGUCAUCCAACGUUGGGCUGAUCUCAAGCAGCAUAUUGGCAAUGGUCGUAAAUUCUUUCGCUUGCUAAAGCCCAUUGAAUUUGUGCAAACAGCGAUCCAUAUCAAUGGUUCAGUCAAAGAUGAUAUUCAACGUGUGACAACCAUUGUCAAGCAUCUCACCAACGCGCUCUACUACAGCUCUGAAGUGUUUGUCUUGACUACAGCAGUGGGUUUCUAUCGACCUAAGGCUAUUGACAAAAUUACCAGCUUUGGUCAACGUUGUUGGUUUAUCAGCUUGUUUUCAUCCAUCCUUGCCGACCUUUACAAGCUGCGACAGCUAAACGGACGUGCCCUCGAACUUGAAAGAGGCCUUAAAACACCUGAAGGAAGAAAAGAUCCAGAGCUUCAAUCCCAAGAAAAGAUAUUGACAAAGGAGGUGAAAGCAGCCUAUUUCCAACUAUUGCAGGACGUGGUCGAUAUCAUUAUCCCAGCAGGCAACCUUCGUUGGCUCCCAGUGGAUGAAGGCGUCAUUGGCAUUGCAGGUAUGAUUACUGCUUGGACGGCCAUGAUGACACAAUGGAGCAAGGUCAACCCUUGA